AUGGCGCUCGAGAAAUUUGGUCCCCACCUCAAGACAAUUCUCGAGGCGAAACAUAUCGAGGCUAUCUAUGAACUCUGGGGGGUCGAUUAUACCGUCGAAAUUGAACUUCCAGAAGACGGCAGAACUCCGGAGACCAUGAGACCGGGGUACGGUGGAGCCUAUAUGUCGCAUUUCGAGGACGGCGGCUUAUCGUUUCCUCUUCCUCGUUUUCUUCUUGAGGCGUUGGCCGAACUUAAGAUGGCGUUUACCCAGAUGGCUACUAACUUUUUUCGCUAUUUCUUGGCCUCCUGGGUCCGAGCUCAGGAGGAAGGUCUUGAGUUCGGAUUCAGGGAGUUGAAGCAACUGUUCGCUAUAAAGCGGAACAAUGGCUUUCCUAGCACGAUGAUUCUUGCUCCCCGCUCUGGUCGUGUUAUUAUUGAAGGUAUUCCCAAUAAAGAUGAUCGAUGGAGAGAAAAGUUCUUUGUUUUUAAGGUUAACCCGGCGUCAGUCGGGGAUUUUGACUUUGAGAGGAUCCCUAGAGAAUGGUCCGACGACAUUGAGCCCUUCAGCCCUGCGCCCAUGACUCCCGAGCUUCGUGGGUUAAUGGCUACUUUGCGACGUGGUAGUCCUCGAUGGCUCGCUUUUACUCAUGACCGAAUUCGAACCGCUUAUGCUCUCCCGUCGGGUGUGAACCGUGCUACUCAUGAUGCCUUGGUGGCUCCCGUUCGACCCAAGAAAGGUCGUGGCAACAAGAGGAAGAGGGAGAAUGAGGUGUUGCUCGAUUGUCAUGAUGAGUUUUCUGAGGUCGGGUCGUUAGAGCGAGCUCAGAAAAUUCAGCGCGGGCUGGUUCAUAGAUCGAGGUUGCAGGCUCAGUCUCCUGGCCUUCAAGCUAGGCCGGUGUCGAUUGCUAUCCCUGCCGGCGGGACUCGUAAAGCUUAG